AUGACAGAAAAUCGUUUCGAAAAUAACACCAAUUUUGCAAUAUUUAUUAAUGGAUAUUAUGCAUUUGUUAAUAUCUCAUCUAAUAAUUUCACAAACAAUAAUGCACCAAAUGAAAUUGGUUUAAUUACAUUUAAUGGAAUGGAAAAGGAUUUAUUCUUUGAACGAAAUCGUCUCAUUCAUAAUCAUGGUUGUUGGAUGUUAAAGAUGGAUAUUCGAUCUCAUUCAUUACGUAAUAAAGUGAUAGCUUGGAUACAAUAUAAUUAUUUUACAAGAAAUGGUUAUUUAUAUGAUUUGGAAGAAUAUGUGGAAAUGUGGCCACGAUCAUUUACCAUUGGUAUAUUUGGAUCACAAUUAGCUAAUAUUCAUUUUAAUCGUUUACGAAAUAUUUUAUUCGAUUUCGAGCUUAUUUCUGGCGCUAAGGUUAAAUUACUUACAAAUUUCUCUUUUAGUGCUUAA